AUGGGACGGACUGCACCGACAUCGGUCUUAAUCGUGGGCUCCGGCGUCUUCGGACUGAGUACCGCCUGGGCACUCAGCAAACGCAAAGAAUUCGCAAAAACGGAAAUUACUGUCGUUGACGAUGUUAGAGGAGGAUCAUUCCCGCCAGCAGAUGUUGCCAGUGUUGACUCCUCCCGGAUUAUCAGACCCGACUACUCUGACCGCCACUACUGUGCCCUCGCUAGUGUUGCGCAAGAAGAAUGGCGCAAACAGGGAGAUGACGACCUCGGAGGUCAAGGACGAUACUCGGAAUCAGGUCUCCUUCUGAUGGCCGAUACGCCGACACAAGUUAAGAAGGGCAAGCUCUCUGGAAUGGACUAUGUGAAGAAUAGCUGGCAGAACGUCGAUUCAAUUGCUCGCGAAAGCGGUUACCCACCAGGCAAGAUUCGGACGUUGGGAAACAAGGAGGCUAUCCAAAAGUUUCUCGAUGCCCCAGGAUGUAAUGCUGAUUGGGGGUAUAUUAACGAACUUUCGGGUUGGGCAGAUGCAGGACGCGGCAUGGAGUGGCUUUACAAACAGGUUAAAGCUACUGGCCGAGUGAAAUUUGUUGAUGCCAAAGUCGAAGAGCUUGUUACAGAUGGGAAGCGAGUUGUCGGCACUCGAUUGAGCUCCGGGAGCAUUCUCCGAGGCGAAUUGGUUUUUGUCGCAGCAGGAGCUUGGACUGGACAGCUCAUUGACGUUCGAGGCAGGAUUGAGGCUACUGGUCAAGCUGUUGCAUACAUUGACAUUACCGAAAAGGAGCUCGACGUUUUGAAGAAGCAACCUGUAGCCCUCAACCUAUCGACUGGGCUCUUUAUUAUACCUCCUCAAGAUAAAGUCCUCAAGGUUGCCCGCCAUGCUUACGGUUACCUUAACCCCGUCACAGUUACCAAUGCGCUGCCUCCAUCGCCAUCGCACCCAAAGCAGAGCAUCGUCGCUUCGCUACCAUUGACAUCUCGAAACGGAUACCCCAACUACUUGCCUGUUGAUGCAGACAGCGACCUGCGUCGCGGAUUGAAAGAGUUGUCGCCAAUUAGCGGCCUCGAAACCCGACCAUGGAAGGAGACGAGGCUCUGCUGGUACGCUGACACUCGCGAUGGCGAUUGGCUUAUUGACUACCAUCCAGGAUGGGACGGGCUCUUCGUUGCCACUGGAGGUAGCGGACAUGGCUACAAGUUUCUUCCAGUUCUAGGUGACAAGAUUGCUGAUUGCAUUCUGGGACAUGGUGGCGAACUUGGAGACAAAUGGCGCUGGAAGAAUAUUCCGGAGGAUGGCAGCGGCAAAGAGCACAACGGCGUAUACCAAGGCCUGCAAACUGACGAUGGCAGCAGAAGCUGUACCUUUGGCAUGAUUUUGCAAGACGAAUUGGCCAAGACCAAGGCAAAGCUAUAA